CGCAGAUCAGCAGGCUACGGGAGGAUCCAACAUGGCUGCUGUCUACUGACAGAAGGGGAGUUGUUUUCAACUCACAAGUGGACAGUUCAACCGAUAAACCCGAAUCAAGAAAAUUAUAGAUAUUCCUUAGGUGUUCCAAACCUGGUCUGCCAUGGCCCAGUGCGUUCAGUCCGUGCAGGAGUUCAUCCAGGACUCGUUUGUCCCGAUGGUAGCCGUUCUAUGCAGCGAAGAUGCGGAGAAAGUGACUCGCAAAAACAACCUGAAUUUCGCCGAGCUGCUCAGGCCCUUCUGCCGUCUGACAUCCGAGGGCCACAUACGUGACCCCAAUAAUCAGGUGCAGCCAGUGAAGAACCUGCGCAUCAGCGUCAACAACGUGUGCACGCGCCCCGCUCCAGCCACCGGCUCCCUUAGCCCCGCCCAGCGCCGGCUCCUCGGCGAAGUGGUAUCGUCCAUCCAGCCACCAGAGGGGGUCACUGCAAACAUCAUCACAGCAGGAGACCAUGACCUCAGCUUUAACGAUCGCUCUCUUAAAGCGAGCGCCCCAUGGUACAGUGCCUGGAGACAGACACUCUCAGAACUCUCCAGCUCCCACCACUACACAGCCACCACGCCCUGGUUCGAAGCCUACAGGGAAAGCUUCCUGCAGUCCAUGCCGGCCUCCGAUCACGAGUUUCUCAACCACUACCUCGCCUGCCUGUUGGUGGUAUCUUCCAGUGAAGCCGUCCCAGUGGAACAGUUCCUCAAGCUGUCUCAGGAGCAGCACCGCAUCCAGCACAGCGGUGACUACACCAACCCCAGAUGGUUCAUCCCCAACACGCUCAAGUACUACGUCCUGCUGCACGACACCAGCCAGGGCGACGAGCAGAGGGCUGAUGCUGUGUAUGAGGAUAUGAAACAACGCUACGGCUCCCAGGGGUGCUACCUUCUCAAAAUCAACUCUCGAACGUCUCCAACGGGCGCCGACGAGCAGAUCCCCGACCCCUGGAGUCAGUACCUGCACAAGAACAACCUUCUGAGCCAGGAGUCUUGUGACGAGCCGGCCCCUCCGCCGGUGACAGAAGCAAACAGUGUUGUGGCUGAGAACGAUAUCGGCAGCUCUGAGGUGGAUUCCCAGGAUUCCGCUGAUAAAGACGAGAUGCCCGACAGCAUGCAGAGUCACCCUCUCCAACUGGACUGCCCUCCCAGCGGGGGUCUGGACAGCCUCGGGGUCCUGCCCCCCGGGGGCCCCACCGCAGCCAGGGCCGCGGCCUUGGCCGCCGCGGGGACCCACGGGGACUGCCUCACGCUGAACGACCAUGACCACAUCAGGCAGUUCCUGCAGGAGUUUACCUUCAGGGGCCUCCUCCCCCACAUAGAGAAGAACAUCAGGCAGCUCAAUGACCAGCUGGUCUCGCGGAAAGGUCUCAGUCGAUCUCUGUUCUCGGCUACUAAGAAGUGGUUCGGUGGAGGCAAGGCUCCGGAGAAGAGCAUCGCUGAACUAAAGAGCACUUCUGGACUGCUCUACCCACCGGAAGCCCCCGAGCUGCAGAUCAGGAAGAUGGCUGACCUGUGCUUCCUGGUCCAGCACUACGAGCUGGCCUACAGUUGCUACCACACGGCCAAGAAGGACUUCCUGUCCGACCAGGCCCUGCUGUACGCUGCAGGGGCAUUGGAGAUGGCUGCCGUGUCUGCGUUCCUGCAGGCCGGGGCUCCCAGGCCGUACCCGGCGCACUACAUGGACACGGCCAUACAGACCUACCGAGACGGCUGCAAGAACAUGGUGCUUGCGGAGCGAUGUGCGUUGCUCAGCGCCGAGGUCCUGAAGAGCCAGGGCAAAUACUCUGACGCGGCCACGCUCCUCAUCAAGAUGACCAGCGAGGACUCUGACCUGCGCAGUGCGCUGCUGUUGGAGCAGGCCGCUCACUGCUUUAUCAAUAUGCGCAACCCUAUGGUCCGCAAGUUUGCCUUCCAUAUGAUCCUGGCUGGUCACCGCUUCAGCAAGGCUGGACAGAAGAGGCACGCGCUGCGCUGCUACUGCCAGGCCAUGCAGGUGUACCGGGCGCGGGGCUGGUCGCUGGCCGAGGACCACAUCAACUUCACCAUCGGCCGCCAGUCGUUCACACUGCGGCAGCCGGACAACGCCGUGGAGGCCUUCCGCCACAUCCUGACCAACGACAGCCAGCAGACCGCCACGCAGCAGGGGGCCUUCCUCCGGGAGUACCUCUACGUCUACAAGAGUGUGAGUGCAGAGAGCGAGGCGAGCCUGCCCAAGCUGCCGCUGCCCUGCAUCCACGCCGCUGCCACGCGCGUCUACUUUGGCCACGAGCGCCGCCUGGCCGAGGGGGAGAAGCAGGCGGCCACCAACGUGUCUCUGGACCAGGAGUACGACCAGGAGCAGGCCGUCAUGUGGUGCCAGCUGGAGGAGCAGGCGGUGGCCUCGGCCCACCGGGGUGUGGUCCCGGCAGCCUUCCAGCCCAGCCAGUGCUGCCUCAACAGCCAGACCGACAACCUCCGGACCCCCCUGGCCGUGGUGGAAGAGCCCAUCAUAGUGGAGGUGACCUUCCAGAACCCCCUGAAAGUGUCCCUGCUCCUGUCCGAUCUGUCCUUGCAGUGGAGCUUCACCCCCAGGGACCUCUCCAGUCCCCAGCAAGGGGACCUGCCCUCGGACGAGGCCUCGGGGGAGCCCAUCACCAACGACAAGUCGGAAAACAAAGACGACGUCAUAUCCAGUGAAAUUAUUCCAGAGUUCAACUUUGGCCCGAAGGAGACCAAAGUGGCCCGUCUGAAGCUGCUGCCUCACAUGAUUGGUCAGCUCAACAUUCUGGGUGUGGCCUACAACCUUGCUUCUGUGCCUUCGGAAGAAGUGGCUCACUGUGCAGAAGGGCAGCAGAGCAGCCAGCCCCUGGUGGUGCGCGGCCAGCAGGACCUGGAGAUCAGGGGCCCGCGCCUCAACUCCACCAAAGAGGACAAGACGUCUGUGAGCCAUGGCCAGGACCAGCGCCUGCAUCCCCUGAUCACACCCCCCAUGCCCCUGAUGGAGGUGUUCUUCCUGCAGUUCCCCACGGCGCUGCUGUGCGGCGAGAUCACCAAGGCCUACGUGGAGUUCUGCAACGUCAGCGGGGUGGCGCUGCGGGGCCUGCGCGUGGCCUCCACCCACCCGCACUUCUUCACCUUCGGCGGCGUCGGGGGCACCUCCUCCUCCUCCUCCUCCGCCGCCUCCACGCCCCUCAGCCCCACCAGCGCCGAGGUCUGCUCCGCCUACCACACGCUGGCCACGCCCCCCGGGGACCCCCACCACCACCUCCACCCGGGCCACCCGCCGCCCCCCGUGUACCUGGUGUCCUCCCCGGUGGAGGGCCUGGUGCGGGGGAAGGCGGUCGCCGUGGAGAUCCCUCUGGAGGGGGGCGUGCUGCGGCCCGGCCAGUCGGCCCAGCUGCCCCUCUGGCUGCGUGGGCCGGACCAGGAGGGCGUGCACGAGAUCAACUUCCUGUUCUACUACGAGAGCGCCGAGAAGGGCGGGAGGAUCAGUCACCGGGUGCUGCGCCACAACGUGUUCAUCUGCGCCAGCCGCUCCCUCAGCGUGUGCGCCACGGCCUGCCCGAGCAGCGUGCCCUCCGCGGAUCACCGCGGGCGGGACGCCGAGGACGGGGACCACCUCAACGACGGCAUGCUGGUGUUUGUGGACGUGGAGAACGUCAACAUGAGUGAAGCAGGUGUGCGUGAGUUCCACAUCAUCCAGGUGUCAAGCUGCAGUCGACAGUGGAGGUUACACAAGUGUAUCAACCCCUACAAGGACAAAGACUGUAAGCUCACCAGCAGAGAACGGGCCAAACUGUGUUUCCGGGCGGCCAGAUGCAAACCCCUCAAAGCUACCUCGACCACAGAAGAUAAAUUCACUUUUGCAGACCUGAACCUUGGAAAUGAACGAAUCGUCAGCUCCACCACACCGUGUGCAGACUUCUUCUUCCGCUGUUGCCCGAGCGACCCGGUGAAGAAAGAAGGUCGGGCUGGGGGCCUCUCGCACCCCUCCAGCAGAACCACUGGUGGACACUGGACCUGGGGUGGGGGUCCGAUCGAGGCGGUGGUCCGGACGUGCAACGAGCUGGACCUGAAUAUCAUCGUCCUCUGGAAGGCAUACGUAGUCGAGGACAACAAGCAACUCAUUCUGGAAGGCCAACUCCACGUGACUCUUCAAACGGUGGGCAAGGAAGCCUUCUCCCUCCCCCAGAAAGAGGAGGCUCAGGAAAUGGUGCUGCUGAAGUUCAAGCCAGACUUACCUCCCCCUGUGAUCCAGCCCUCUGUGGAGCAACUGUCCACCCUCAUCAAGACCAACCUGCACUACCCCGAAACGUACAGCCACCCGUUUGUCCACGAAAGGCUCUGUGUUGUACCGGUCACCCUCACCAUGUCCAACUGCGCCUUGGCUGAGGUGGAGGUCCUCAUAGACCUGCGACACAAAACCAUCAGCCCCGACUCCACGGAGGUGCACGGCACGUUCACCUGGCUGGGCCAGACGCAGUACCGGCGGCGGCUGCGGCCGCAGGAAGUGGCGCCGCUGCCGCUGCGCGCCUGCUUCCUGCACGCCGGCGUCUACAACCUGAGCACGCCGCGCGUCUUCGCCAAGUUCACGACCCCGACGAGGAAGGAGGAAGAGGAGGGGGGCGUGGCGGUGGAGACCAGCCAGCAGGCGGCCAGUCCUGCCCUGAUCAUCAUCACCAGCCAGGCCUGAGUCCCUCAGCCUCCCCCUCCUGAGCACCUCGUCCCCCACACUCACCUCAGCGGCAGGGGGCCGGCGAGGCAGGAUGUUGACAUGUGUGGCUCGUUGACGGAGGGCUCACCAGCCACAAUGUUUCAUCCAGAGCAUGCCACCUGGGUACCCCUUUACACACACACACACACACAGACACACACACACACACACACACACAUACACAGCGCUUGCCCCCCC